CGUAACAGAACGAGAUUUGCCCGUUUUAACACGAGUUGGAAACCCCGUUCCACCCUCUUCCCUUCGCUGUCCAGAAGCAAGAUGCCUGGUGUCACAGUGAAAGACGUCAACCAGCAGGAGUUUGUCCGUGCCCUAGCGGCCUUCCUGAAGAAGUCAGGAAAGCUGAAGGUGCCUGACUGGGUGGACCUCGUCAAGCUCGGCAAGCACAAAGAGCUGGCCCCCAGUGAUGAGAACUGGUUCUACAUCAGAGCUGCAUCCACAGUCCGCCACCUUUACCUCCGUGGAGGUGCUGGUGUUGGCUCCAUGACCAAGAUCUAUGGAAGUCGCCAGAGGAACGGUGUAUGCCCUGCUCACUACAGUGUAGGAUCCAAAAAUGUGGCUCGUAAGGUGCUCCAGGCCCUUGAGCUGCUCAAGAUGAUUGAGAAGGAUCCCAAUGGUGGUCGUAGACUAACCUCCCAGGGAACCAGAGACCUGGAUAGAAUUGCUGGCCAGCACUUUUCCUUGGGCAAAUAGCUUCUACCAGCCAGGUGUGUUGUGUUUCUUGUGUGACACACUGCUGGAACUGUUUGUUGCUUUCACUAAACAAAUCACAGUUGGGUCUUGUCAAAAAUCAGGAGCAAAGCAGCAGCAUUGUGAUAAUCCAAGGGUAAAAGGGGUAAACAUGAGGAGGGAAUUUCAUGCUUGGCAAGUCCGCCGUAUGGCAUCCGUUUUCUACUUGUUUACCCAUGCUAAUGAGCAGUAUGCAGAUGAGCAGACCUGGGCUCAGCCCCACCCACUGCACGAAACUGGCAGGGAGCAUUUUGGUGUGGCUCGGAUCCUUGAUGAUUUAGUUUCUGAUAGCAUUUUAAGAGCAAUACUUUUCCUCCUGCUAGCAAGAUUUCUGGCAAGUACUGGCAGUAGACUUUUCAUGAUGUUUUUGGCAAGAGCUGGAAAACAAGCAGUUUCUCUUCCAGACUGUGGUCACUCGAAAGUCCCAAUGGUAAUUGCUUUUUGCUGCCACAAGUUUCACUCCUGUUCAAACUCUACUUUGGUGUGGCUCUUUAAACAGUAAACAAAAUGAAUGUUAAGCUGAUGGAAAGAUUUAUUUGAUCACCAUGGAUUUUUAGUUGGAUCAUUUCCACCAACUAAAGCUGCUCGAUGAAACCAUUAAGAUAUAUAUUUUUUAUUUGGAUUUGAAGACUGCUUGUGUUUUUUAAAGCCAGCACAACAACUUUUCGUCUGACUUUGCCUCAUGUUCUGCUUCUUUUCCCCCCACAGGUUGCAGCUGCAAACAAGAAAAUUGUUCAAUAAAUUUUUUUUGGAGAAAGUCAAA